AUGAAGUUGUCCCAGGUCGCCAUCCUUUGCCUCGCCACUGGCGCCUACGCCAGUGCCGCUGUCGAGGAGCGCGAUGUUAGCACCGUCGUUGGCAUCCUGACGCAGGUCCAAAAUGGCAUCGACAGUCUCGACGCUUCCAUCAAAGUCUUCACCAGCAACUCGGUCCCUACCGUCAAGGCUAAAUCCGUCAGUCUUGUGGCAACGAUCAAAGCCGGAAUAAGCACGGUGAAAGGCUCAUCGGCGUUGACCCUUUACGACACGAUAGCCCUCUUCAACCCGGUCAACGAACUAAAGGCCCAUGCUCAGACUCUCGCCAAUGAUCUCAAGGCUAAGCGAUCGGCCCUUAGGGCGGCCAACCAGUGUGACGAGACUCGCCAGCAGAUUGCCGACAUCAAAGGUGCCAGCCAAGCACUUAUCACGGCCAUCGUGGCCAAAGUGCCCGCCGACGGCAAAGCCGUUGCCCAAUCUCAGGCAAACGGGAUCACAGAUGUUCUCAGCCAAGCCCAGGCCAACUUUUCCGGCAGCCAAUGCCAGAAUCCGGCAUAG